AUUAUCGUCUGCACAAUCAACAACAUGUUUUGUCUUUGUUUUUAAGGAAAUCUCAAACAGGUUUACUAAAGUAUAGGAUUGAGUGAAUAAAGAAAGGAUUAAUGACGUCUUGAAAGUUACAAAUUUGUGACUCAUAGGAAAUAAUAGAAAAUGACGAAGUAGAUAUAGUGACGUAUUGCAAACAUUUCUGAGCAUGAUGGUAGUUUUUGUAAUCCAAAUCCAUCACUUCAUCUAUUGCUCAAGUGUGUGAAACACUGAUUAUAAACACAUUCAUAUUUAAAUUAUUUUCUUUCAUCUCUGUACUAGUCAGCUCAUUAUCUUAAAAUAAAAUAUCUCUGGCAAAAUGUUAAGCAUUGAUCAUCUAAACAUCGUUUGUUGCAUGUUGUGAUUUAUCUUUUUUUGCGUGAAUUUUAAUUUGUAGGCUGUUUUCUGUUGAUUUAUUUCCAGCAAUUUGGAGUUUGAAAUUAUAAGCUUUUUGUUGAGGUUGCGAUGGUAAAAAUGAACGGCGAUCGACCAGUAAACUCAAACGAAGAAGAAUCAUUUGUUGUUCUUGAGCGCUAUUCAGCUGAUGACUCUAGUCAUCGAGAGAGUCUGAUCUGUUCACUAACCAGUCAAACCAUGUUGCAUCAAAAUGGCAUUGGAAACACGCCGACCACUUCUCUCUUAACAGUGAAUUCUGAAAUUCCUUUGAAUAUGACUUAUGAAGAAAUACAGGUUCGACUUCAAGAUUUAAUCAAGGAAAAUGAGAACCUUAAAGUUGCAGUUCAACAACAUAAUUUGGCUUCAAAGCAACAACUUCAGACUUUGAAAAUGUGGCAGGAUGAAAUGCUAAAAGUGCAUCAGACCCAUAAAGCUGAGUUUGAAGAUACCAAAGAGUACAUAAGAAAAUUGACACUGGAGAACAAAGAAUUGAAGCAAGCACUCUCAGAAAAGCCACAGAUUGACACAGAAGCUGAGCAACUUAACGCAAAGAUAAAAACUGCAUUGAUGGCCGAAAAUGAAGAUUUGAAAAGAAAAGUGCAAUCACUGACUGACUUGUUGACAGCUGCUCAACAGCGAGAGGUUAAACUGUCGCAGCGGAGCUCGAAGGAGGCCGAACUGAGUUCGCUGGUGAGUUCGCUGACCAAGCAGUUGGAGAACGCAGAACGCGCGCGCAGGCAGCUCGGCAUUGACAACGAACGGCUUAUGGCCCAACAAACGCGCAUGCACCAACAGCCCUUGCCUCCUUCUGUUGCUGUUCUAGGAGACGAAAUUGAUAAGAAAGCCAUCCAACCCAUGGAGCAAAUCAAACGAUACACUGAAUGGUUGCAGCAUAUGGUGAAAUUCGAGGAAGAAUUUGCAAGGGUUGGUCAAUCUCUAGAGAGCUUUGUGGAUGUGAAUACUGGUGGUGAUGCUGCACUAGAGGUCAAGGAACUCAGGAAGUUACUACUUCAAGAACAAAAAUUGAGUCUAUCAAGAAAAGAAACAGUAGGAGAAAUACGCCAAUACUUUCAGCGUUUGUUGUCCGAUUACCAAGUUCUCCACCAGGACUGGGAAUGGCUCAAACAGGAAAAUCAAAUGAAGGAAAGUGUUUCCUCUGCCAAUGAGAGCGAACAUAAGAAAACUGCUGAACAACUCGACAGACUCACCGCUCAACUCAUGGAAAAGACUGAAGAAAUUUCUAGAAACAACGAGCUCGUUAAAAAGCUAAAAGAAGACUUAUCUAAAUUGCAGAGUGAUAAAGAAGAGAUUGAAGUUCUCACAGCUCAGGCUAGCAUAUACAAAGCUGACUUUGAAGCCGAAAGGAGAAGUCGGGAGGAGUUGGUGAGUGAGAAGAACAGGAUAGAAGAAGAGCACCGAUUGUUGCUGGCUCGUAACAAACAGCUCAUCACGCAGUUGGAAGCAAUGCACGAAAACAAUGCUGGCGCAGCCAAUAGGCAACCGACUCCAGCCCGUUCUUCUUCUUCAUCAUCAUCUUCACAAGAGGCAUCACGUCAGGGGUCGACUGAAAGGACUACCGCCGAAAAAUUCAUAUGUCCGAACCCAGAAUGUCAGAGAGGAUUUGCAACUCUGCCGCCACUGGAAGAACACGUGGUCGGGUGUCUCAAAUUAGAUGACUGAACUAUUGAUUCUGUGCUGCAACUCUGUAACAGUCUAUGACUUCUCAGUGCAAUAAGUGAAAUUAUUUUUUCCUUUUUAUGACAUGAUAAAUAUAAAUGACAAUAGUCGUUAUCAAUGAUGACAUUUUUGACACAACACUACAUUCAUUACACGAUUGUUAGUUGUUACGUGAUAGUGAUUUGUGAUAGUGAUAGCUACGAUUAAGCUAUCACUCGACCACUCAAUUCAGGCUCAGGUCUGGUGUCAGUUUUCAGGUCGCACCUGAUCAAUUUCAGGGCCUACAUGACUUGAAGAAUGUUAUUAGGCAGCCGGUAACGACGGCUUAGCGGUCCAUCCGAAACACGGGAGUGGCCUGAAAAAAAUAUCUUGCCCGGGCCGGGUUUUGAACCCAGGUCUUUCAAUUAUAGAGCCAGCAUCUAAUCUACCCACUGAAUUCAAUGAUUAACAUUGACUGCAAGGAAAUGUCUUUGACUCCAUAGGAUUGUGCCAUAAUUCAGUUCUCUAACCAUACUUUUAUCAAUAGUUCAAAUCUACUAAAAAAAUGCAUUCUAUUUCAUAUCUACUUUAUAAAACAGUUCUAAAAUUCUUGCUCAUGAUAAAAACAUUUUUUGCAAUAAUUUUGUCAUAUUGGAAUAAAAUAUUAGUUACAGAGUUGAGGAUUACCUUCAUAAUAAUUAUAUUAGCAAUGGUUAUUGUACUGUAUAUGAAUUGAAUCCAAUUUUAUUGCUUUCCUUCAAUUGAUUGAUCUUGUAUUAUACGUAUCCACUAAGUCAGACAGGUUUAUAAAUCUUCAUCACGUACACUAUUCUGAUAGAUUUAUACUACGAAAAUAUAUUAAAAAUUUUCAAUUAUCUUUUUUCCCUUGUUAAAUCGCUUUUUAAUUAUUUGUUUUCUGGCCUAUAGUUUAUUCAUUUGAUUUUCCUCCCUCAUUCCCACUAUAUUUUAGAAGUAUUCCAUUGUUGAACACAAGUUACCACAUUCGAAUCUUCAAAUAUUACCAUAUUCGUUUUACAAAACUAGAGUAUCUUCAAUGAGUGAUAAGCAUUUAUUCUAUAGUUUUUUUUUAAUAGUUGAGUGAAGAAUGAAGUUCAUUUGUGUUAUUGAAGGUUUUUACAAUAUUUGUAGAGUUGCUAAUGUUCUACAGACAUUUUGUUAGGGUACCGUAUACAUAGACACAGAAUAGGUACAGAAUGGAAACUGUCAAUCAAUUGCCUAUCUAUCUAACCAAUGCUUUUUACAUGGGACAAAUACUAGACACGUCACGUGACCUUAGGAAGUUCCAAUCCUGGUCUUCUGAUUGGCUUGCGGCAGUGAACGAGAUCAAUUGAUCCGGAUCAGUAAAGUGAUCCGAACCUCCCAUCAAUAAUGCUAUUACAAUGCGGAACUUCCUAACAAGAUGGAGUAUUUUUGCGCCAGGGUACUAGCCAAGUUUCCAUUCUGUAUGUAUACUGUGACAUAGAGCUUGGAAACAAGUAAUCUUUUCAGUAGCAAGACUCAAUUAAAACCAAACAUUGGUGAAAUUUAUUUAGUGGAACUUGUGUAAAUUUAUUUUUUCAAAAUGAAUUUCUCUAGUCUACUACCUACCUCCAUGUGGUAUUUGAAUAGAUUUAGGUGUACCGGUAAUAGUAAUUUAUCCUUCCAAUCAUGCUAUACUAAAAACUAUUAUUCUUAAUGAUUUAAUAAUAUAAUGUUUCUUACUACUUCAGUACUAUUAAUUUACUGAAUUAAUUCUCAAAUGGUUCACAAAGUAAUUUAUAGUUUCUGACUAGAGUUUGAGAGUCCGCUGAAUUCUAUAAUAUACUGCUAAUGCUCAUGUUUCAAAGUCCAGAAUUUUGUGUCCAUUGUACAUUUCUAUCUUCGUUUUUAGGAAUUCAGAACGUUGAAUAUUAUGUUAGAGGAUUGAAUAAUUGAGUUUUGAUUUUAUGAAUUAUGCGCAUUCUCUAUUAGUGCUAGUACUUCUAUUUUAAGUUAAUUUGGAUUGUAUUCAAAUGCUUAAUAGAAAUGUUGUUAAUCACAUAUAUUUUAUUGUUGAUAUUGUUAAAAUUUUAUAUUGUAUUUCAAUAAAUAUUCAAAUUGAAUAAA